AUGAAGUCCAAGCCAGCUGUGCCCUCAAGCCCAGCCGCAUCGGAUGCUAGUGGCAGCGACGUCUCUGGCGUGUGCGACUACGACACAUAUAAAGAAGCCGUCGAGGCGCAAUUUGAACAGAGCCAGGAAGUCAUUGAGACGCUCGAGUCCCAAGUGACGCGUAGUGCGCGCGAGAUCAGCAGGCUCAAAGCAGCCCUUGAUAAAGCUCAGCGACAGGUUGCUACGUUAACUGGCAAGUUGGAUGCGCGUGGACAAACGCAGCAGGUGCCAUUGCUCAAGGAAGAAAUCUAUCAAGACCUGACUGGCCUUGUCAUUCAGAGUGUCAGCAGAGAGGACGACGAGACAGUGUUUAGCUGCUUGCAAACUGGCAGGAAUGGCACUUUUCACUAUAAACUUGCCUGGCCGAAGGCGCGAGAUGAGCAAAUCACAUUUACGCCGAUGCUGGAUGCUGAACGCGAUGUGGAUUUGUCGGCGGUGUUGCCGGACUAUCUGACGGAGCAAAUCAUGUUUGCACAGGACCAAGCGAGCCUGUUCGCCUAUCGCCUGUGGACUGCGAUCCAGAAGAAGUGA